CCGAAGCAAAGGCUGGUCGCAGCAGCAUCUAGUGAGUGCUGACGCGAGAGACAGAGGACAAUGGGGUCGAGACAGAGGAAAAUGGGGUCGUCGGCCAGGCUUUUCCUAGCAGCGGCCAUCGCCGUCUUGGCCAUGGCUGGUUUCCUCGUCGGCCGAGCGAGGGGUUUCAGCCUCUGUAAUCAUCUUCUGGGGGCUCAGGGACCGUGGAUAAAUGCUCACGCUACCUUCUACGACGAUGGCGGUCGCGGUGGAGCUUGCGGCUAUGGCAGUCUCGGCAGCCAGCUGUUCUCGAACCGAUUUGCUGCAGGCUCGCCGGCUGUCUAUUUAGGAGGAUUGACGUGCGGAAUGUGCGUGGAGGUCAAGUGCGUUGAGAGCCCAGCCUGCAAAGCCGGCAGCGUCCGGCUCACGAUCACCGACUUGUGUCCUCCUGGCGCUCCCAACACACAAUGGUGCGGUGGAGGCAAGCGUCACCUGGACCUCGCCAAGGGCGCUUUCCCGGUGAUUGCCAAUCCGGGGGCUGGGCACGUUCCUAUCCAAUUCCGCACCGUGCCUUGCGCACCGUACAACGUACUGACGCUGAAUCUGAGAGGCCACCAGUGGUGGCUGGAGGUGACGGCGGUGGGGAUUCCUGGGAGUGGAAGGAUUUUGAGGGUGGAGGUUGCCGGAAAUGGCAGCCCUUGGACGGUCAUGAAGCGCGCAUAUGGAGCUGCUUGGGCCACGGCAGGCUCUACUCUGCGCUCACCUAUAUCGGUCCGUGUUUCCAUAUUUGGAAAUCUCUGUAAGCUGACGGCCAGGGACUGCAUCAAGGGACCCAUCUACAAUGGAAGAAAGGUUACGUGCGGAUACUCCGUCGGGUACUGAGGGCCCAACACCCCCCUUUUCCCCCUCCCCCCCCACUGACAACAGCACCACAGCUUGCUUUUCCUUCUUACUGGUGGUUGCUGCUUCUUCGUAAUUUCUUUUAGCUUCUUGUGUGCACUUGCGAAUGCCACUCAUCCGAGCCCUGCGGAAUAGUGUCGCUUCUGCAUAUUCAGGAAUGGGAUAAACUGGUGCUGCGAUG